AUGGGGUUCCUCAAGAAGCUACUGCCGUUCGCUCUCGCGGGCGCGUCCCUUCAGGGGCUCGCUGUCGGCGCCGACUUUCCUCAGGAGGAUAUCAAUUCGGGCAAAGCUUUGCAGCAGAUAGGCCAGACAGCCCUAGAUAAUGCUCUAGCUCGGCUCGAAGGCGGUUCGUCAACAUGUACGAAGGAGAAUGUUAGGAGGCGCAAGGAGUGGAGAAACAUCCCCGGAGAAGAACGAAAGGCAUAUGUCGAGGCGGUCGAGUGCCUGAUGGAACUGCCAAAUGUGUACGAGAACGUGACUGGUCCGAAGUCCAUGUUUGACAGCUUCGGCGUACUUCACUACAAGAUGACACCGUAUGUCCACAACUCGUGUGCGCAGGCAUACUUCCUCCUGUUCCACAGACUUUACGUCUGGACUUUCGAGGAGAAACUAAGGACUAUGUGCGGCUACACCGGCGCAUUCCCGUACUGGGAGUGGGGCCUCGACGCCGGCAGCGUUGAAAACUCGCCCCUCUUCGACGGCUCCGAGACGUCUUUGGGAUCGAACGGAGCCAAGGUCAACACGACCAACCCGGGUUUCUUCCCGGGCGGCUCGGGCGGCGGCUGCGUGACCCAAGGGCCGUUUGUCAACUUACGCGCGUAUAACCCGCGGUGUCUGAAGCGAGAUUUGAACACCCAGAUCUGUGCCCAGUGGGCUUCGCUCCAAAACACCACUGAGACGAUCCUCGAGAGCCCCGACAUCGCCCUGUUCCAGGCCAACCUGCAAGGUGAUUUCCGCUGGCCCGAGGCCCGCAAGUGGGGAUUCGCCGUUCACGGUGGUGGUCACUUCGCUAUCGCUGGUGACCCAGGCGGGGACUUCUACUUCUCGCCGCUAGAGCCUGGCUUCUAUCAGCACCACGGACAGAUCGACCGCAUGUACUUCAUCUGGCAGAACCUUGACUGGGAAAACCGACAGACCAUGGCUGGAACCAUCACUAUGAUGAACAGGCCGGAAAGUCGCAACGGAACGCUGGACGACGUGCUUGACAUUAGCCCGGUUGGCGGAUCUUUCAAGUACCACGAAUUACUCGACACCGUAGGGGCUUCGCCUUUCUGCUUCGUAUAUGAGUGA